AUGUCCUCGUCCGCCCACGAGCCGUCCACCCAUUCGCGCAAGCGUGUCAGGGUCUCUGGCGACGACAGCUCCGAGCCUUCUGUGUCCGACGAAUCCGCCCUCGUAGCGACAAGCGUUGGCGAGUACUCCACGGAAGCCAGCGAUCACGAGUCAGAUACGGAGAGCGAGUUAUCCGAGUCUAGCGAAGAGCCUAGUUCCGAAGAGUCGAGCGACGAUGAGAACGACAAUGACGACGUUGAUACCGAAAUGGAGGACCAGACACAGGACGGCGUGGUGAAUCUGCGGGCGAACAGGGGAAAGAAGCCUGUCAUGAAGCUAGACAAGGAGGAAAUGGGCCCAGAUAUACGCGAUUUUCUGAAGGAGUUCCUGCCACAACUGAAGGCUGCGAAUGAGGAGCUGGAGGCGCAGAAGAAGGCCGGUACUCUGAAGAGCCUCGAGGCAACCGAGGAUGAGAAUGAGGAGCAAUAUAUCGAGAUGGAUCUUGGACUCGGUGUCCUGGAAGCGAAAGACCCGAACGCAGCCGAUAGCACCGAUAGCGAGAGCGACACCGAAGACGGCGAGAAAGAAAAGGACAUACUCGGCAAGCUUAUGGGCCGCGAAAAGGCCAUGGAGUCGUUGAAGAUCCAAGAAGUACACAAUACACAGGGCUCUUGA